GGCCGAUUCCCCCAGGUUGCCAGCCUCCUCCUCCCCAACACCCUUUUCCACCCCCGCUCUUCCUCUUCCUACCUCUCUUCACCUUCCUCCUUGUAGCUGCUAGCUUUUCUUCCAAAUUCCUUUCAUCAGAGGAAGCCUUGCCCUGGUGGAGUGAGGGUAGGAUCACCCAUCCGGGUGCCCAAUCUAUUAGCGAAGCAGUGGAGAAGGGAGAUCUCCCAAACUCCACCCCAUUAUUUCACCUUCUUCUAGUCUGCCGAGGUUGGGCCAACGAUGCUGGUCCAUGUCAGUUUAUGUACUUGUGGGAGGGGUAAUUUGAAUGAAUGGGAAAGCCUUGCUUUACUUAACAUGUUCCAAUGCUAACUGGAACUGGGACCUGGGGUAGGUCAGGUCUCUAGCUCCCGUCCUGUAAAUCGGUAACACUCCUUCCGUUUCACGUGUUCUGUGAUUCCGAAUAGUUGUUGGCCAUUCUCUCAGUCGAGAAAGUAUGGCUGCUCAGUGCCAGGCACUGUUCUAGGAUCAGGGGAUGUGAUGUGGAACAAGACAGAUGAAGACCCCUGCCUCACGGAGCUUGCAUUUCAGUGGUGGGAAGACAGACGGCAGAACUAAUUAAGAUAUAUAAUGAUACUCGGUGGGAGAAAAGUAAAGCAGAGGAGGAAGGAACAGGGUGCUGGGGGAGAAGGUGGCACAGUUUUAAUCUGUGGUCUGGUUUCCCUCACUGAGAAGUUGACCACGGAGCAAGGAACCGAAGGAGGUGAGAGAAUGAGCCAUGAGAGCACGUGGGUAAGAAUAAUCACAAAGUCCCAGAGGUUGAAGUGCCCCAGGCUGGAAGCGGUAAGAAUGAAGCCGGAGAACUCUGGGGUCAGAAAAGGCCGGAUGCUAAGGUGGAACUUUUAUGUCAGUAUGUGGGUUUAUCCACAAAUCUGUCCCAGGAAGCCAGCAGACGUCUCUCCUUUUCUCCUAGAAUUCCCCAUCUGGUCUCCGUGAGUAGCUAUCUGGGUGAUAACUGGGGAGGGAGACUAUUUUUGUCCAUGGUUCAAAUUUCUGCUGGUUGGGGCUUUUGUUCAUUACUUUAAUGGCAGUUAACCCGAGGUCUGCUCAUGUAUAUUUAGUUGCAUUUUCUGGAACCUUACCCUUUGUACAUCUGGUGUAUUCUUUUUCUCCCCACUGCCCUCUUCACCACCUCCUUCUCUACUGUUUUGCUGUCUCUUUCCAUGAUGCCAUUUGCCCACCCACUCUGGGAUAAAUGAAGCUCCUGGUUUGGUCAUUUGGUAUUUUUUCCCUUGAUUUCUGGGUGACAGGAGAGUUUGAUUUUUCUAAUUUCCCAGCCUGUUAUCAAGAGGUAGUUUCCUGGAUGGCUGGAAGAAUGCUGGAUGGGGUUCCUUUAUGACUGUCCAUAAUAAUGUGGUGAUGACAGUGCUUUGUGUUAAAAGGGCAUAAGGGCACUGUAUGCGCUGAAAGUUACAAUUUUGCUGCUUUUAUGAAUUUCCUCAUGGCUCAGUCACUUCUUUAACAAACUUAAAGAACGUCUGGCCCAUGUUUAGCACUGCGAGAGCCCUGUUGCAGGAGGUGUUUGAAGCCAGUACUGGAAUCUAGCUGGCAACGCUGGAGGAAGCCCGUUGUAUGAUAGCGGAUGGCUUCUUACCUCUAAUUCCAAAAUCCAGAAUCUCUCAAAAUUGGAAAAUUUGUUUGGUAAUUUGUUUGGCAGCGAGACUUGGCCUCACCGGCCCUGAACUCAUGUGGCAGCAAAAACUGAUCAGAACUGACACGAGGCUAUCGAUAGACUUGACUUCUGCCCUUGAGCAUGAGCUCCGUACGCCCAGGAAUGUACAGAUUGUUGCCAAACCUCUUGUGAGAUUUAACCUCCGCACCUCUGGGGACUCAGAACACGAAGGAUGCUACCUCUCCCUCGGCCACAACCAGCCCUUGGAAGACUGUGGCUUCAACAUGACAGCCAAAACCUUUUUCAUCAUUCACGGAUGGACGAUGAGUGGCAUGUUUGAAAAUUGGCUAUACAAGCUUGUGUCUGCCCUGCGGAUGAGAGAGAAAGAAGCCAAUGUUGUGGUGGUUGACUGGCUUCCCCUGGCCCACCAGCUCUACACAGACGCGGUCAAUAACACGAGGGUGGUGGGACACAGUGUUGCAAGGAUGCUCGAUUGGCUGCAGGAGAAGGAUGAUUUUUCUCUUGGGAAUGUUCACUUGAUCGGCUACAGCCUCGGAGCCCACGUGGCAGGGUAUGCUGGCAACUUCGUGAAAGGCACGGUGGGCAGAAUCACAGGUUUGGAUCCUGCCGGGCCGCUGUUUGAAGGGGUGGACAUCCACAGGAGGCUGUCCCCCGACGACGCGGACUUUGUGGAUGUCCUCCACACCUACACACGUUCCUUCGGCUUGAGCAUCGGAAUUCAGAUGCCCGUGGGCCACAUCGACAUCUACCCCAACGGGGGUGAUUUCCAGCCGGGCUGCGGGCUCAAUGAUGUCUUGGGGUCAAUUGCGUAUGGAACAAUCACGGAAGUGGUGAAAUGUGAGCACGAGCGGGCCGUACACCUCUUUGUUGACUCCCUGGUGAAUCAGGACAAGCCGAGUUUUGCGUUCCAGUGCACGGACUCAAAUCGCUUCAAAAAGGGGAUCUGUCUCAGUUGCCGCAAGAACCGUUGUAACAGCAUUGGCUACAAUGCCAAGAAAACCAAGAGUAAGAGGAACAGCAAAAUGUACCUCAAAACCCGGGCAGGCAUGCCCUUCAGAGUUUACCAUUAUCAGAUGAAAAUCCACAUCUUCAGCUACAAGAAUAUGGGAGACAUCGAACCCAACUUUUACGUCACCCUUUAUGGCACCAACGCAGACUCCCAGAUCCUGCCUUUGGAAAUAGUGGAGCAGAUCGGGCUGAAUGCCACCAACACCUUCCUGGUCUACACCGAGGAGGACCUUGGAGACCUCUUGAAGAUCAAACUCACCUGGGAGGGGGCAGCUCAGUCCUGGUACAACCUGUGGAAGGAGCUUCGCAGCUACCUGUCCCAGCCCCGCAGCUCUGAGCGGCAGCUGAACAUCAGGCGCAUCCGGGUCAAGUCUGGGGAGACCCAGCGGAGGUUGACCUUUUGUGUGGAAGACCUUGACAACACCAGCAUAUCCCCCGGCCAAGAGCUCUGGUUUCACAAGUGUCGGGAUGGCUGGAGAAUGAAAAAUGAAACCAGCCCAACUGUGGAGCUUUCCUGAGGGGCCAGUGAGGCCCACUCACACCCGCCUUCCAGACACAUGGAGGAAAGUUACUGCUGAGGACCCACCUGAUGGAAGGACCCCUCUUGGCCUUGACCCUCAGGCACUGGCAAGAGACUGUUUGCUAGGCCCAGGACCUUACCUCCUAUGACUGUUGGGACUUCUCGCCGGAGGGGACCAUACGCUGCUGUUCCUGCUGUUCCUGCCGCUCUAGAAUUGCUCUAACUCCAGACCUGUGUGCAAAGGGUCGGACGCCCGGGGCCUCCUGCGCACACUGCACUGGUUUCUGGGUGACUGGAUGAGCCUGUGCUUCGCCUGACAGGGGACACUUGUGAAAGCGCAUGGAGGACUGUCAGCUGCCUGAUCUGAAUGGUGGGGAGAGGUCUUUCCACUGGGAGCUGACUCAUCACGAUGGCAGACCCAUGAUCUCAUUUGCCCAGAGGGAGGGGAGUAUAGAUGUGGGGUGGUGGCGAGGCCCUCACUGUUGGGGUUCGGUGGGCUGCAUUGAUCAAUAAUCAUUACAUUGCAGGCAUUCCGUCCUGCUCCCCAGCUUAGUCUCUAAAGCACACAUCAUUGGGUGUCUUGGUUUUCCAGUUGCUUAUUGUUUGAUUGGACAGAUGUUUAUUAAGCACUUAAACUUGAUUAGCACAAGGCAGUAGACGCAUUAGUAAACCUUUCCAGACUUGGAAUCUAA